AUGAAGAUUAUUUUAUUAUUGCUACCGUAUCUUGCAUUAAGCACAAUCCAUCCUGAGGGUAACUUGAACUUUGUUAAGUAUUGCAAAUACUUCAAUUACCCUGUAGAAGAACAUGUUAUCUAAACAGAGGAUGGCUAUCUUCUUACCUAUUUCAGAGUCUAAGCAAAAGGAACAAAAAUGGUAUCUGGCAAAAAAGUCGUUCUUCUCCAACACGGACUCUUGGAUAGUAGUGAUACAUUCAUUAUUAAUGAUGAAGACAAAGCACCUGCCUUUUUGAUCGCCAAUAAAGGUUAUGAUGUUUGGCUUGGAAACAACAGAGGAAACAAACACGGCAGAGCUCACGUUAAAAAGAAUCCCUUCUUUUGGUCAUUCUGGGAUUUCACUUAGAAAGAUUUCGCUAUCUAUGAUCUUCCUGCAGGAUUUAAAUACAUAGUCAAUAAGACUGGUCAAAAAAUUCAAUACAUUGGACAUUCCUAAGGAACCGCUUAAAUGCACAUUCAUUUAUCUCUCUUCAAAUAAAGUAUUGUCAGAGACAAUCUAAUAUAAUUUAUUGGAAUGGGACCGGUAGCUUGGGUGACUACCAAGUAUUCUCCUUUGGUUCGUCUACUGGACACCAAUUUCUUAGAAGUCUUGGCAACAUUUGGAUUACAUGAAUUUAUGCCUGGAGAUUCCUUCCUCACAUCUGAAAUAGGUAGAGUAGUUUGUGGACUAAUGGAGAACCUUUGUGGAGAUUUAAUUGGAUCAUUUGUUUCAGCAGAUCCAGUAUUAGAUAACUACGAUCGUUAUGAUGUUCUAGCUGGACAUUCUCCUGCUGGUACUAGUGUAAAGAAUCUUAAGCAUUGGUAAUAAUUUACUAGAACUGGGGAAUUCAAGAGGUACGAUUAUGGAGACAAGGAGAACUUGAAGAAAUACGGUUCCAAGAAAGCUCCCUUGUAUGAUUUAUCAAAUAUUGAUGUCAAAAUAUUCUACAUUGCAGGAUAUGAUGAUUUGUUGGCUGCUCCUAAAGAUGUGAAUCAUUUGUUCUCAGCAUUAGUAAAUGCUCCAAAUAAGGAACUUAAGUUCUAUGAUGCUGGACAUUGUUCUUUCAUGUGGGGAAGACAAUUGCCAUAUCUUGAAGAUUUGUGGGCUCAUCUGGAAUGAUAUAUAUUUAUAUAUAAUCAUAAAAUACAGAAUUGAUAUUUACAUUUUUGUUGAAGAAAAUAAAAAAA